CAGGUAAGAAGUCAUUUCCGUUUCCGCGCAGACGCCAGGAGCCAAGACCAUGGCGAAGUCCGGGGAUAAGAGCAGUGGCAACGGGAAGAAAAGCCUGAAACGGAAAGUCGCUACUGAGGAACCUCAGGAGGCUGCAGUCGCGGAGGAUGGGGCGACAGAAAGCGGGGUCCAACCCGCGAAAGCGGCUGCCUUUCCCCCAGGCUUCAGCAUUUCAGAGAUCAAGAAUAAACAGCGGCGACAUUUAAUGUUCACGCGGUGGAAACAGCAGCAGCGGAAGGAAAAGUUGGCAGCUAAAAAAAGACUUAAAAAAGAGAGAGAGGCUCUUGGUGAUAAGGCUCCACCAAAGCCUAUACCAAAGACCAUUGACAACCAGCGAGUGUAUGAUGAAACCACAGUAGACCCUAAUGAUGAAGAGGUUGCUUAUGAUGAAGCUACAGAUGAAUUUGCUUCUUACUUCAACAGGCAGACUUCUCCCAAGAUUCUGAUCACAACAUCAGAUAGGCCUCAUGGGAGAACAGUACGACUCUGUGAACAGCUCUCCACAGUGAUACCAAACUCCCAUGUUUAUUACAGAAGAGGACUGGCUCUGAAAAAAAUUAUUCCACAGUGCAUCGCAAGAGAUUUCACAGAUCUGAUUGUUAUUAAUGAAGAUCGUAAAACUCCGAACGGACUUAUUUUGAGUCACUUGCCAAAUGGUCCAACUGCUCACUUUAAAAUGAGCAGUGUUCGUCUUCGUAAGGAAAUUAAGAGAAGAGGCAAGGACCCUACAGAACACAUACCUGAGAUAAUUCUGAAUAAUUUUACAACACGGUUGGGUCAUUCAGUUGGACGAAUGUUUGCAUCUCUCUUUCCUCAUGAUCCUCAAUUUAUGGGAAGGCAGGUUGCCACAUUCCAUAAUCAGCGAGAUUAUAUCUUCUUUAGAUUUCACAGGUACAUAUUCAAGAGUGAAAAGAAAGUAGGAAUUCAAGAACUUGGACCACGUUUUACCUUAAAAUUAAGAUCUCUUCAGAAAGGAACCUUUGAUUCUAAAUAUGGAGAAUAUGAAUGGGUCCAUAAGCCCCGAGAAAUGGAUACAAGUAGAAGAAAAUUCCAUUUAUAAAGCCGAAGUAACAGAAUUAGACUUUGCUGAACAGAUCAAUUUUAAAGUUGGUAAAAUAUUUGUGACAGGACAUUCUUUUCAAAAUGGUUUUACUGAUUUCAUAAAUCAUCUUUCGUGUCUGGACAAAUUGCUAAAUAAUAGUAUAUUUAUAUAUCAAACAUAAAUAAAAGUCACUUGGUGACAGGUUAGAUUUCCUAAAACUUAUCUUUUUGUAACUGUGAAUUUAUUUGCAUUUUCAUAGAACAUGUGGGCUGGAGAGGAAUAACUGGCUGGUAGAUACUCUUGAUUUUAUACCUGAUUAAUCUUGGAUCCCCAGUGUCUGACACAUAGCCUUAACUUCAUUUGGAGGCCAGGUUUCUGGCAUGUUUUAAAAUAGUCCCUUAAGCUUUUCAGAAGGGUAAAAUAAUUUUUUUUUUUUUUUGUAGAGACAGAGUCUCACUGUACCACCCUCGGUAGAGUGCCGUGGCCUCACACAGCUCACAGCAACCUCCAACUCCUGGGCUUAAGUGAUUCUCUUGCCUCAGCCUCCCG